AGGACACAACACCAUGCGAUGAGAGCACCCCACAUAGCGAUUCCUCUCCACCGCCUCCAACCAUGCCGUCGCUUCUCCUGGUAGUCUUCAUCCUCCAGCUGCUGCUCCAUGUCAUCAACACGGUUGGCAAAAACACCGUCAACGAGCUGUUAUGGAUACUUUACAAUAAGCUACCGACACCCAGUUCAGGCUCUGCAAAGCGAUGCCAAAUUCUGAAGAAGGAGAUUGUUCAGCUCAAGCGCGAGUUGGGGAACACGUCGCCUCAGGACAACUUCUCCAAAUGGGCAAAACUUGACAGACAACACAACAAGGCUGUGGCCGAGUAUCAGAAACUGGAUGGCUCCUUGCGCUCGCAUCACUCGGCUUUCACGUCUGCCGUCUCGACCCUUCGCUGGCUUGGAACGCAGGGCCUACGCUUCGUCCUACAAUUCUGGUUCGCGAAAUCGCCCAUGUUCUGGAUACCGGCGGGCUGGGUUCCGUACUACGUGGAAUGGAUACUUAGUUUCCCACGCGCGCCAUUAGGCAGUGUGAGCAUAAACAUAUGGGGUAUUGCAUGCGCAAGUAUGAUUGCUCUUGUUGCCGAGGCAGUUGCGGCAGCAUGGGUACUCAUCAUGCACAAGCCGACACCUGUGGCUGCAGAGAAGCAGCGCCAGAAGCAAGAAGCUAUGGCAUUCAGCGCCAAUCAGAAACCUGCAGAGAAGAAGGAACUAUAGUAGUUUUGCCUUUGUACUUGGCGUAUGCCGGUGCAGAUGCCACGUUUCUGGUGGUGUUCUACAAAUACAAGUGUUGAAAUCAAUAAUGUCUCCCAUCAAAAGACGCAAAGUCGUCCUGGCUUUCGCUCUGACACUGCAACACGAGUGGGAUGAUCUUGGCAGAUCGUUUGGCUUCUUCUAGGCUACAAAUUGAACCCGUGAUCGUGGAGGAGUAGCGAAUCACCGAGUCUUCGAAAGAGCCAAUGUCAAAUAUCAAGGAUAAACGUGCACGCAAGAAGUAAGGACUGACGGCGCUGUACGGAGCAGUUGAACAUGAAGCUGCGCAGUUGUACAGCAAGCUCGCGCUUGUGUCGAGAGUUCUGGGUGUGAUGUUUCGGUCGUUGGUUGCGGCGAGGAAUUGGAGAAAGAAAAGUUGAGAACUAGGCGCUAAGGCGUCACGGACCGACGAUGAUCCGCGACCCGCU